AUGCUCAAGGUAGGUUACCCUGCCCCUAACUCCCUCAGCCCCAGUCCAGCCCCAGCAGACAUAGCCCCAACCCCAUCCUACAGCCCCAGACACAGUCCAGCCCCACCAGACAUAGCCCCACCCCCAUCCCACAGCCCCAGACCCAGCCCCACCAGACAUAGCCCCACCCCCAUCCCACAGACCCAGACCCAGUCCAGCCCCACCCCCACCCAGAAUCUGCCCAACAAUUACAAGCCACAGGGGCUCCCAACACAGGGCUCCCAACACAGAGCUCCCAACACAGGGCUCCCAACACAGGGCUCCCAACACAGGGCUCCCAACACAGAGCUCCCAACACAGGGCUCCCAACACAGGGCUCCCAACACAGGGCUCCCAACACAGGGCUCCCAACACAGGGCUCCCAACACAGAGCUCCCAACACAGGGCUCCCAACACAGAGCUCCCAACACAGAGCUCCCAACACAGGGCUCCCAACACAGAGCUCCCAACACAGAGCUCCCAACACAGGGCUCCCAACACAGAGCUCCCAACACAGAGCUCCCAACACAGGGCUCCCAACACAGAGCUCCCAACACAGGGCUCCCAACACAGAGCUCCCAACACAGGGCUCCCAACACAGGGCUCCCAACACAGGGCUCCCAACACAGGGCUCCCAACACAGGGCUCCCAACACAGAGCUCCCAACACAGGGCUCCCAACACAGGGCUCCCAACACAGGGCUCCCAACACAGGGCUCCCAACACAGGGCUCCCAACACAGGGCUCCCAACACAGGGCUCCUAACACAGGGCUCCCAACACAGGGCUCCUAA